GUUUACGUGUGCGAGCCCAACUUUUCAGUAUUAGGUCUUUUUAUUUUUCCAAUAGUGGUGGUUACUAACAUGCUACUGUGGGCUUCGUUUUCUGUGUCAAUGUGGUAGUCACUGUGUAACAACGCUUCCCAGUUUAUGAUAAAUCUUAAAACAUUUAUUUGACUAAUCAAAAUCCACUCAUACAUUAAGAAUGACUGGGAUACGUGAUUGUACGCUUUAGAGCUUUCUCUACCAGCUCAAAACUAUUCAGCUUAUAGCGCACGUACAUGUUUGAAAACCAAAUUCUCCGUUGGUCGGUGUCAAUGUUGUAACCUCACGUGAAAAAAAAACGAAAUACCCAGUAGCCUAAUAAUUUUAAUUCCUUCAUUUAUCCAGUAGUUCAAGUGGAACCAUGCUUGAUCGUCGCCACUCUUAUGGUCGAAACAAACUUUACUUCUUAAGACUUCGUCGAUUCUGCCAGUUUAUUUUAAAUCUCGGCAGAGAUGGAUUUUAUGACGGUUGGCUGGGAAAGGAAUCUUAUUGCACUCUGAACACAGCUGAGGAUUUUAGACUGCUAUAUUCCGAGAAAGCUCGUGUUAUUUGUGCUAUGUGGUACUUUUUGUCGAGGCACAAGUUUAAAGAGGCUGCUAGAUUACUAGCUCACUCAAUCCAUGCAUAUCCAAUGUCAUCGACCUGGAUAUGGCGGGUGGCAUUCCAUAUAUUCCAGUGUUUGAAAGAUGAUGUUGGGUUGAGAUCAUUUAGUAGGGUUUUGGAUGGGUUUCUUCUGAGUGAUGAAAAUAACCGUAUAUUAGAGUUUAUAUUAUAUGAGAUCAGCAAAGGAAACUUGAAUGCUGUACAAUUUUGUCGCACAAAUAUACAGCCUGUUCAACGAAAUAAAUAUGCAAGUCUUCAUACAGUUUUGACUAGAGAGCCAGAAUUUGCACAUGUUCAGCGAUUACAAAGACUCUAUGAAGGUUACAGCUUUUAUGGAAUGUGGCUUAAACAAAUUAAUUCAUUAGUAUCAGCUAGUGAUCCCGAUGAUAUUCAUAUGACAGCCGAUAAUUUAGCUGAGAAAGCUUACCAUCGAUUACAAGAAGUUGAAGCUCUCGUUUCUGAGGGUCAUUUGUGCGACACCUUUGUCAGAGCAUUUGUUGAAAUACUGCAAUAUUUUAAUGAAUGUACACGUGCACAUGCCUUACUACUUAGUUAUGCUCAAAAAGUACCUGAAAACCCAAACACUUUAAGAUAUCUAUGCGAAUGGCAUAAACGUCAACCUGCACCAAUUACUCAUUCAUCAGCAGUUUUGUCUCCAUCUCAUCCAAUAACCCAAAACUGUCAUGAUUCCUCAGCAUGUAGUUUAGAUCUAAGUGAAAGUAAUACAACUGUUGAUGAAACUACACAAACGCAUACCUCCCAUCAGAAGAAAUCACCCAAAAGUUUGAAGAAUUCAAAAAUCUAUUUAGAAUAUCGUAUAUCAUUUAGCAGGCGUACAUUACCUGAACCAGCUCCGAACCUACCUGAUAAUUAUGAAUCUAUGUCGAAAAAAGAAGUAAAAAGUUUAUUAAGGAGAAGUCAUAGCCAUUUACCAACUAUAAUUUCUUGUUUAAAACGUGGAAGAUUUUCUGAUGCAUUGGAUCUAUCAUUUUUACUGCUUGAUCACCCAUCUUGGGCUGUGUACCACGAACCUUGGCGCCUCUUACGGAAAAGUAUAUUAUGCAUCGGCAAAACAAAUUUCCAAGUUUUAGGUGCAUGGAAUAUGCGAAAAUGGUAUUGGAAUAAAUUGCAACUUUCUUUACCUAAUUUACCUGUUAUUGCCAAGUCUAUGAAGUUAUUGUUGAAUAAACUCGAUUUGACCGAAUUGAAUCAAUGCAAUGAUGAGGACUCAGAACUGAAUGGUCGUUUAAAUGUCGAAUUAACAAUUGUUACUAAUAUGAAACCAGUUAUUUUUCCAGAGUUUUCCAAUACAGACUUAUCUUGAUUUAUAUAUAUAUAUAUAUAUAUA